AUGGAUAAGAGCUGGGUUGAUAAGGACCCUGCUUCUCUAGAGUAUGAGGAAGGGUUGAAUGCAUUCCUAGAUUACGCCUACAUCCAUGGAAAGCUUAAUAGGGAAGGAAACUUGAAGUGUCCUUGUACUGAUUGUAAAAAUUUUGUGUGUCAAGAGCGAAGUAGAAUUGUUGAUGAUUUAGUCUGUUAUGGCAUGUUGCCAAGUUAUACGAAUUGGAUUCAUCAUGGAGAAAGAAGUGUAUCUACACCAGCACCAGAAAUCAGGAAUGAAGAUGUUGAGGUUGAUACUGAUGUUGAUGCUGAUGGUAUCCGUAUUAGGGACGAUCUUAGUGGUUUGUUGGGAGAUGCUUUUCCUAAUGAAGUUGAUAACAUGGAGAAUAUGCAGGAUGGAACAGAGGAUGUUAAUCUUAAUUUUAAGAAGUUGUUGGAACAGUCGAAAAAGGAGUUUUACCCUGGUUGUGAUAAAAUGACAGUGUUGUCGUUUGUUAUUAGAUUAUGGCACAUUAAAUGCAUUAAUCAGUUGAGCAACAAGGCAUUUACUAUGAUGCUUCAGCUAGCACGAGAUUCGUUUCCAGAUGGGUGUUCGCUCCCAAAGAAUUUCACUCAGUGUAAGAAAAUAAUUACAGAUUUGGGUAUGGGUUAUAAUAAAAUUGAUGCUUGUCGGAAUGAUUGCAUGUUAUUCUGGAAGGAUGACUCAAAAUUGGACGAGUGCAAUAUUUGCGGGGCUUCAAGGUGGAAGAUAGUCAGACCUGGGAAGAAGAAGAAUACUCCUUGGAAGAUACUCCGCCACUUCCCGUUAAAGCCUAGACUUCAACGUUUAUUUAUGUCUUCCAAAACUGCCAAGGACAUGAGAUGGCAUAAAGAAGAGAUCACAAAUGAUAGGGUCAUGAGGCAUCCAGCGGAUUCUAUAGCUGGAAGCAUUUUGAUGAAACUAACCCGGAUUUUGCUUCAGAUUUGA